GCAGAGCACGUGACUUAGUUUCGCCUGGCCAAAGAUGGCGGCGCCCAGAGCGGUGGCGUGAAAGUUGUUGGCGGAAGACGCUGUCCGUUCGUGCGGAAAUUUAAACAGCGGUCUCCGUGCGCCAUGUCGCGACUGAUCGUGAAGAACCUCCCGAACGGGAUGAAGGAGGAGCGUUUCAGACAGCUGUUCUCCGCCUUUGGCACGCUGACGGACUGCAGCCUGAAGUUCACCAAAGAUGGCAAGUUCCGCAAGUUUGGCUUCAUCGGCUUCAAGUCCGAGGAAGAAGCCCAAACAGCACUGAACCAUUUCAACAAGAGUUUUAUCGACACCUCCCGGAUCACAGUGGAGUUCUGCAAGUCCUUUGGGGACCCAACAAAGCCCCGAGCCUGGAGCAGACAUGCCCAGAAACCCAGCCAGUCCAAGCAGCCUUCAAAAGACAAAGACUCCGUCCCCCCAGAAACUAAGAAAGAUGACAAGAAGACAAAGGCAGCAGGUGAACUGGAGAAGCUGAAGGAAGACGGCGAGUUCCAGGAGUUCCUGUCAGUUCACCAGAAGCGGACGCAGACAGCCACCUGGGCCAACGACGCCCUGGACACUGAGCCCUCGAAAGGGAAGAGCAAGCCGGCCGACGACUACCUGAACUUCGACUCCGAUUCGGGGCAGGAGAGUGAGGAGGAGGGAGCCGGGGAGCACCCGGAAGAGGAAGAUGGCAGCCUUGAACCGAAGGCAGCUGUGCAGAAGGAGCUGUCGGACAUGGAUUACCUGAAAUCCAAGAUGGUGAAGGCGGAAUCGUCAUCCUCCGAGGAGGAGGAGAGUGAAGAUGAGGCCGUGAACUGUGACGAAGGGAGCGAGGCCGAGGACGAGGACUCCUGCGCCAUCGCUGCCCAGCAGGACGGAGAGGGGCCGGGGUCUGGCCGACAGCAAGGGAUCCCGUCUAGGAGUAGGAAACCACCGGAGGCCAGGGCCGAGACAGAAAGGCCAGCACACCAGAAGGAGCCCACCACCCCCCACACGGUGAAGCUGCGGGGAGCCCCCUUCAACGUCACAGAGAAAAACGUUGUGGAAUUCCUGGCACCCCUGAAGCCGGUGGCCAUUCGAAUAGUGAGAAAUGCUCACGGGAACAAGACAGGGUACGUCUUUGUGGAUUUCAGCAGUGAAGAGGAGGUGAAGAAAGCUCUGAAAUGCAACAGAGAAUACAUGGGUGGGCGCUACAUCGAGGUGUUCAGGGAAAAGAACAUCCCCACGGCCGAGGGGCCCCCGAAGAACAGUGCCAAACCCUGGCAGGGCCGGACACUCGGGGAGAACGAGGAGGAAGAGGACCUGGCCGACUCGGGGAGGCUCUUUGUGCGAAACCUGCCCUACACCAGCACCGAGGAGGAGCUGGAGCAGCUCUUCUCCAGAUACGGGCCCCUGUCUGAGCUCCAUUACCCCAUCGACGGCCUGACCAAGAAACCCAAGGGCUUUGCCUUCGUCACCUUCAUGUUCCCUGAGCACGCCGUGAGGGCCUACGCGGAGGUGGACGGGCAGGUGUUCCAGGGCAGGAUGCUCCACGUGCUACCGUCCACCAUCAAGAAGGAAGCCAGCGAGGACACCGACACCCCAGGAUCGUCGUCUUACAAGAAGAAGAAAGAGUCUAAAGACAAAGCCAGCAGCUCCAGCGCUCACAACUGGAACACACUGUUCAUGGGCCCCAAUGCAGUGGCCGACGCCAUCGCACAGAAGUACAGCGCCACCAAGAACCAAGUGUUUGACCACGAGACCAAGGGCAGUGUGGCUGUGCGCGUGGCCCUGGGGGAGACGCAGCUCGUCCAAGAAGUACGCCGCUUCCUCAUCGACAAUGGGGUCAGCCUGGAUUCCUUCAGCCAGGCUGCAGCGGAGCGGAGCAAGACCGUGAUUCUUGUGAAGAACCUACCGGCGGGCACCCUGGCGGCUGAGCUGCAGGAGACCUUCGGCCGUUUUGGCAGCCUGGGCCGCGUGCUCCUGCCUGAGGGGGGCGUCACUGCCAUUGUGGAGUUCCUGGAGCCCCUGGAGGCCCGCAAGGCCUUCAGACACCUGGCCUAUUCCAAGUUUCACCACAUCCCCCUCUAUCUGGAGUGGGCUCCAGUGGGCGUCUUCUCCAGCUCAGCCCCACAGAAGAAGGAACCCCAAGAUGCACCAGUGGAUCCUGCAGAAAAGGCCAGGGCGGUGCCAGAAACAGUGCCAGAUGGCAAGACCCCGGAAGGUGAGAAGCCGACAGAGGGAGGAGCAGACGACUCUUCAGCAAAGAUGGAAGAGGAGGAGGAGGAGGAGGAGGAGGAAGAAGAGAGCCUCCCUGGGUGUACUCUGUUCAUUAAAAAUCUCAACUUCGACACCACCGAGGAGACGCUGAAGGGGGUGUUUUCCAAAGUGGGCACGGUGAAGAGCUGCUCGAUUUCCAGGAAGAAGAACAAAGCAGGUGCACUGCUCUCCAUGGGGUUCGGGUUCGUGGAAUACAGGAAGCCGGAGCAGGCCCAGAAGGCUCUCAAGCAGCUCCAGGGUCACGUCGUGGACAGCCACAAGCUGGAAGUGAGGAUUUCGGAACGAGCCACAAAGCCAGCCCUGACAUCCGCUCGGAAGAAACAGGUUCCCCGGAAGCAGACCACCUCCAAGAUCCUGGUGCGGAACAUCCCCUUCCAGGCUGACAGCCGCGAGAUCCGAGAGCUUUUCAGCACCUUCGGGGAGCUCAAGACCGUCCGCCUGCCGAAGAAGCUGACCGGGACAGGCUCACACCGCGGGUUCGGCUUUGUCGACUUCCUCACGAAGCAGGAUGCGAAGAGAGCCUUCAACGCCCUGUGUCACAGCACCCACUUGUACGGCCGGAGGCUGGUCCUGGAGUGGGCCGACUCCGAGGUGACCCUGCAGGCCCUGCGGCGGAAGACGGCCGAGCACUUCCACGGUGAGGAAACUGAGGCGCAGAGUUGGGGGCUGGACGAGUCGGCACAGAGUGGUCGCUGGGGAAAUAGCCCCCGAAGAAAAAGCGGUCUGUGGUGUUGGACGAGAUCCUGGAGCAGCUGGAAGACAGUGAAAACGACAGCGAGGAGCAGACCCUUCAGCUGUGAGCUGGCACCGAGAGGGACUGCUGAGCUGGAGCCCCUCCUGCGUCUGUCCGAGGCCUGCUCACAGCGGGGGACUUGGCCUCUGUCCUGCUGCAUCCUCGCCUCUUGGGACCGUGCGCCCUGGUCUGCUCACCAUGGCCUCCUGGGUCCCCUCUGGCCACAGGGCCGCUCAUGAAGCCGAGCUCCAAGCCCAGGCACCAGGCCACUUGGCCGAGCUCAGCUGUCUUGCUAAUGCCGGACACCCUGUGAAAUAUAUCGAGUCCCCGUCCUGGCAAACGAUGUCCCAGGCUUGGGGCGCCCACAGGCGCACACCUCCUCCAGCCUGGAGACACGCCUCCCCAGGGGGGGCCUGUGGCCAGCGCACGCCAGGAGGCAGGGUGGUGGAGAGGAAAGAGCUGCGGCCCAUCCGCCCUGGGUCUGAAUCCUGGCCUAGCCUCCCCAGCCGUGUCCUCAGACCAGCGAGGUCCCCUCUGACCCUCAGCUUCUCUUUCUGUGAAAUGGGGGUGAGGGUGCGCCUACCUCAGAGACGGUGCUUGGACUCAGGCAGUCAAUCCAAGUAAAGCCCAGAGAAAGCACCCCUCA